AUAACGUGACGUAGACGGAAGUAGGAUGUGACUUGUUUGAUGUUUUUUUUUCCCCUAUAAGAUUUAAAGAUUAGAAAAAAUAUUGAGCAAAUGAAAGCUAAUAUUUGAGAGGUAUAUUUUUUCAUUCACGAAGGGGGCUUCAUCCACUUGUGACUUGGAGUUUAAAUGUCUCUCUUCGUCAUUAACAGGUACCUCGGAGACGAGGACGACUGUCCAGCCUCAAAAUCUCAGUCUGAGGCUUUGCUGCAGAAGCUCCAGCAGAAAGCAGAAUGGAAGCAGAGGCAGACUCUGAAGGAACGAGCACAACACGAGCAGACGGAGCAGAAGAGGCCACCAAAGAGGAAGCAAGAAGAGCAUCAACCCUGCAAAAAGAGGAAAUCUGAGGAUGUUCCUUUGAGUGAAGAUGAUUCUGAAAACCACACCGAGGCUGUGGAACUGAGGAAGAAGGACGCCGGAGGAAAACGGACAAAAAGAGAAGAGGUUUCAGAGGACCCCGCUGACGAUGCUCCAGCUCCGGAGGACGAGCCGGCAGAGCCAGAAGAGUCGUCUCCUCACACGGGGUUCACCGUUCUGGGAGACUUUGAGAACAAACCAUCGUCAAAGGUUCACAGAGUGCUGCCCCAGUGGCUCUCCCAGCCUGACGUUAUCCGCCGGGACAUCAAAAACAAUUUACUUCCUGUUGGCGACGAGUCACCGCUCUGUCCUCAACUCCAGAAGAAGCUGCAGGAUAACGGAGUUCAUCACUUCUUUCCAGUGCAGGCAGAGGUGAUCCCGGCCAUCCUCCAGGCGGCGCAGAAUGGAGCCCUUCUGGGAAGAGGCGGGUUCAGGCCCAGAGACAUCUGUGUGUCUGCGCCGACAGGCAGCGGCAAAACGCUGGCGUUUGUCCUACCUGUCAUACAGGUUCUGAUGACCCGGAUGGUGUGUGAAGUCCGGGCUUUAGCCGUGUUGCCGACCAAAGAGCUCGCCCAGCAGGUUUACAAAGUGUUCGUGUCGUACGCUGAGGGAACUCCUCUGAGAGUGCUGAUGCUGGCCGGACAGAAGUCCUUCGCUGCAGAGCAGGCGUCGCUCUCAGAGAUCAGAGGCGGCGUGCGGCGCAGCACGGCAGACAUCAUCGUGGCCACUCCGGGUCGGCUGGUCGAUCACAUCAACAAAAACUCCGGCUUGAAUCUGCAGCAGCUCAGGUUUCUGAUCAUCGACGAGGCGGACCGGAUGAUCGACAGCAUGCACCAGUCCUGGCUCAGUCUGGUAAUGAAGGCCGUCUACGGAGCGGGGUCAGAAACCAACAAGCUCCUUGAGAGGACGGAACCAGCAUGCAUCACAGCAGCGAGUCUUUCUCCACCUCAGAUGCCGCUGCAGAAGCUGCUCUUCUCCGCCACACUGACUCAGAAUCCAGAGAAGCUGCAGCAGCUGGGACUCCAUCAGCCACGACUCUUCAGCUCCGCCCACAGCAGUGAAUCUCCAGCAGACGCUGCCGCCCUCAAACCGGAGCGCUUCGACUUCCCUCAGGGGCUCACGGAGUACUAUGUGCCCUGCACUCUCAGCAAGAAGCCGCUUCUCAUCCUCCACUUCAUCCUGAGGAUGAAGCUCCAUCCCAUCCUGUGCUUCACCAACUCGAGAGAGAGCGCUCACAGGCUUUACCUGCUGGUGCAGCUCUUUGGUGGAGUUCAGGCGGCUGAGUUCUCCUCCCGGCUCUCCCCAAAGGAGAGGAAGAGGACGCUGAAGGAAUUUGAACAGGGAAAGAUCCAGCUUCUGAUCAGCACAGACGCUGCAGCCAGAGGAAUCGACAUCCCGGGGGUCAAAUGUGUGGUGAACUACGACGCUCCACAGUACAUCAGGAUGUACAUUCACAGGGUCGGAAGAACAGCGAGAGCAGGAAAAUCCGGCCUGGCCUUCACUUUCCUGCUGGGAGUACAGGAGAAGAAGUUUCUCCAGAUGGUUGUGGAGGCUGGAAGUCCUGGACUGCAGAAGCAGAUCGUGAAGCCGGAGAGCCUGAAGAGCAUGGAGGAGCGCUACGAAGAAACGCUGCAGGAGCUGGCUGCUGUCGUCAAGAACGAGAAGACCAGAUGACAUCAUACAACUCAAAAUACUUUUUUUAAAUAAAGAUUAAUUAAAUCUG